UUAAGUAUUUUUCACUGUGCCAAUGCCAUGGAAUUGUAGUGUGAUGCAUACAGGCAGGGAAUUCAGGGGAUGCUUUGUGCAGUGGUCCAGUGCUGGUUGGGGGGUGCAGCUCUUUGUCAGUGGAUGUUGGCAAUAUUACCUCUACUUGCAUCCCCUCUCUCGCUCUCUUUUUCUUAUCCCUCUGUAUCAGCAUGGUCAUGAGGUGGUUUCGGAGGCUCGUAUUUGCCCAGACUAGCAAGUGGGCAGGAACACUAUCCUACUGACUCAGGAUUGUCAUGGGUGGGGUGAGAGGAACAAAUAUAAAACAACAGACUGACAGGUCUCCACCACGUGGUGGUGUUGCUGUGGUAACGGCAAGCAAGUGAAUGAAUUGCAUCAUGGAGACUGGGAGGUGAGUGAGUGUGAAAUUGAUUCGGCGGCACGCAGGAGUACAUGGAUGGGAGCAUUUGUGCUCUGUUGUCCCAGCUCUGCUUGUAAAACAGGAUUUUUGGCUGCUUUCAGCUAUGUAACGUCUUCCGCUCACGUGUCAUGGAAAUCGACCAGUGCCUGCUCGAGUCACUGCCCUUGGGCCAACGGCUGCGUCUGGUCCGGCGAUUGCGCUGCGAUCAGGUCCGGGCCUACUGUGAGCGGGAGAAGGUUCUACAGAGGCAAGGGAGUGCCCGAGCUCGUCCCCUGAUCCGAAGGAAACGCAAGGUGCAGUUUGGCUCAUCGGACAUCAUACAAGAUGCCAUUGUCCGCCAUGAUAACAAGGAAGUGGUGCGACUGCUGAAGGAGGGAACAGACCCCAGUAUGCUACUACCGUCUGGAGGAUCACUGCUCCAUCUGUGUGCACGACAUGACAAUGUUUUUGCUGCCGAGCUACUGAUGGAAAGGGGAGCGGAUGUAAAUCAGCAGGAUGAGGACCUGUGGACAGCACUGCAUGUUGCCAGUGCCUGUGACAGUGCAGACAUGGCACUUCUGUUGCUGCUGGCUGGGGCUAACAUAAUGCUGCAGGAUAUCAAUGGAAACAUUCCACUGGAUUACUCAACAGAAGGAAGUGAGACCAACUAUAUUCUACUAAAGCGACUGGAAGAAAAUGGUGUAGACCUGAGCACUGUGCAGAGUAUGAAGAUGCAGCAACCAAGCACCAUGCUGUCAGAUGUACAGUACCUCCUGACCACUGGGGGCAGUGUUAACCAGUGCAACGAUGAAGGAGUCACUUUGCUUCACAUCGCUUCUGCCAACGGCUACAGUGACGUUGUUUCCCUGUUGUUGAAGAAUGGGGCAGAUCCCCAGGCAGCUGACAACACCUGUUGCACUCCUCUGCAUCUGGCAGCCAAAUAUGGACAGGCUCAUAUUGUGAACCAGCUUCUGCUGCACGGUGCAGACCCCAUGCUACUCAAUGGUGCUAAGGACAAGCCAUCAGACAUAGCAGCUACAGAUUGGAUUGCAGACGUGCUCCUGAAGGCAGAGGCGUGCUGGGAAGAGCGGUUGAGGGAUCCAACAGCCCCUUCCCUCCCAACAGAGAACCACUAUGAGGAGGUCAACCAGGAUGUGCCCCCAUCCUUAAGGAAGCUCUCCCUGACCUUCCCCAUCUCCAAGCGGGACGGUCUUCUGGAGAAGGACAUCAUGUUUCGGGAUGUUGCAGGGGCUCCAGCCCCACAGCCAUCUCAGGAGAACGGCAUUGAGGGGCCUUCCUCUGUGGUACCAGGCAAGCUAGAGCAGGUAAAACUUGUGCCUCCAGCACCCAGUGAUGACCUCGCAUCCCUGAGCGAACUCACCAACAGCAGUCUGUUGUACGAGAUGCAGAAACGCUUUGGCAACGACCAGAUUUAUACUUACAUUGGGCAUAUUCUACUGCUUGUUAACCCCAACAAAGAUUUACCAAUUUAUUCAACAGUGGUGAGUCAGCUGUACCUCAGCUCCAGUGGCCGCCUUUGCUCCUCCUUGCCCCCACAUAUCUUUUCCUCUGCCGAGAGAGCCUACCACAUGAUGAUGCAAGAGCGCCAGCCGCAGUGCUUCAUUCUCAGUGGAGAGAGUGGCUCUGGGAAAACAGAAGCCUGCAAGCACAUCAUGAGACACCUGGCAUCCCGCUCCUGCCCAAAGGGCUUCAUGCUGGAACCCAAGAUGAAACAUGUCAAUUGCAUCCUUGAAGCAUUUGGUCAUGCGAAGACACAGAUGAAUAGCAACUCAAGUCGAUUCAUGAAGUUCCUUUCCGUCCAAUUCUGUGAAAAGAAGAAAAGUUUAGUUAGAGCCCAGCUAUACACAUACGCCCUGGAGAAAUCCCGCCUGUGUUCCUCAGCACCUCACCAGCACAAUUUCAAUGUAUUCUACAUGAUGGCUGAAGGCCUGUCGGCAGAAGAGAGGGGUGCGCUAUGCCUCGGCAACAUCAUGGGACACAGGUACCUGAGACAGGGAGGCUCAGCAGAUUGGCCAGCUGGACCAGCCAGCUCCCAGGGCAGGGACAAGUUCUCCACACUCAAGCAGGCCCUGAGAGCAAUGGGUUUCCAUGGCCUGGAGGUGGACAACGUGUUUGGCAUCCUGGCUGCUAUCCUACACCUUGGGGACCUACAUUUCAGGCUCAUGAGGGACAGCGAGACAGCGCACUUGUCUGACACACAGCAGCUGGAGCAAGUGUCGGCGAUGUUGCAGGUGUGCCCCGAGGACCUGGGUUAUGCCCUGACAUCAGAUGAACAGUAUUUAAAAGGUGAUGUCAUUACAAGGAGGUACACAGUGGAGAUGUCCAGCCACUACAGAGACCUACUGGCCAAGUCCCUCUAUAGCCGCCUUUUCAGUUACCUGGUGAAUAACAUCAACUGUUACCUGCAGGGCCAAGAAGAAAUGACUGGACAUCCUGUGCUGGAAAUUGGAAUUUUGGACAUCUUUGGUUUUGAAGAUAUGCGCAAGAAUGGCUUUGAGCAGCUCUGCAUCAAUAUGACCAAUGAGCGAAUCCACCAGUAUGUCACGGACCUGCUGUUUCAUCUGGAGCAGGCGGAGUGUCUGCAGGAGGGCAUUGCCAUGGAAACAUUGCGAUCCCCUGGCAACUGUUCCAUCGUGCUGGAUUUCUUCUUCCAGAAGCCCCAGGGUCUGCUCUCAGUUCUGGAUGAAGAGAGUCAGGCACUGCGCCCAUCUGAACAGAACUUCUACAGAAAGCUUCAGAGCCAGCUGGAUGCAGUUAAUGCAAAUGGUGUUGCCUUCUCUGGCAAGGAUGGCAAUGGCAAUCUACCCCCGAAGGACCAGGGACUGGCCUUCACCAUCACUCACUAUGCAGGAAAGAUGACCUACGACCUCACUGGAGCACUGGAGAGAAACAAGGACCUCCUACCCCAAAACAUCCUCUCCGUUAUGAAAUCCAGUGAGAAUGUGGUCAUCCGUCAAGUGUUCCAGAGCAAGUUGACGCACACCGGGUUUCUGGUGCCGGCCCAGCAGCGGUUGAAGGUCCUCAGGGCUAAAGGCACGCUGCUGCUGCAGAGGCUGACGUCAUCCAGCCCAGCCUGGGACCCCAAGAAGCAUCUGGAAGUCAGUAAGGUGCUAAAGAAGAAGGGAGGGACCUCAUUUUUGCAGCGGCUAGAGCGCUGUGGGCCAGUGACAGCAGCAGUCCAACUCAGGAACUCGCUCUCUGAAAUCAACAGCAAGCUGAAGGACUGCACCCCUCACUUCAUCCAGUGUGUGCGGCCCAAUCAGACCAAGCAGCCCGACUCUUUUGACAGCUUCCACGUGUCUACCCAGCUGCAGUACUUGGGAGUUCUAGACAUGGUCCGGAUGAUCCGUUACGGAUACCCGGUCCGGAUGUCCUUCACUAGCUUCUUAACAAGAUACAAGGACCUGGCAGACACUACCCUGGGAGACAGAAAACUCUCAGUGGAAGAGAAGUGUCAGCAUAUUUUGCAGCACUGCAACCUCCAGGGCUGGCAGAUGGGUCACACCAAGGUGUUCCUGAGGUAUUGGCAGGCCGACCAUCUGAAUGACCGCUGCCAUCAGUUGCACAGGAAGAUUGUCACUUGUCAGAGAGCGGCUCGAGGCUGGCUGGCCAGGCGGGGUCUUCAGCGUCGGGUGCAGGUACAGCAUCAGCAACUAACCCAGGUGCAAAGCUUCCUGCAGGCAGCAGAAGACCUGGGGCUGCAGGCCUAUCACAGCCUGGUCAUCCAGAAUGCUUCUGACAUUGCCCGCGAAAAUGACCGCCUCCGCUGUAAAUUCAGCUCCACACAUCUGCCGGAAAGACCUGAGCCCCUGGGGAAGGAAGAAGAGCCACCCAGGAGGACCCCAGAGAAGGGUGUGAAGGUCACAGAAGGCAGCAGCUCAGGGGGCCGUCCCCUAAAGCACUUCCGCUCCAGCUCUGUGCCCACCCCUAUGGCUAUGGAAAGCUUGGUACAUUCUGCAGGACCAUCAGUCAAACUGCCUGCUCAGCAACCGACACCCACCACAGAUGAAGGAGGGGGUGGAGGUAGCUUGUCAUCACCACGGAAACAACCUCCCCCUAAACCAAAGAGGGAUCCCAACACCAGACUGAGUGCCUCGUACGAGGCUGUGAGUGCCUGCCUCUCCAUAGCGCAGAAGGAAAGCCCUGCUGAUGCACUGUCAAAGGCUCGGCCACACAGCGAUGACUACAGCACUAUGAAGAAGAUCCCACCCCCCAAGCCAAAACGAAGCCCCAGCACCAAGCUGACAGGCUCCUACGAGGAGAUUUCUCUCCCACGGCCCACAGAGGUGAAGCUCUCCUACCUCUCCAAGGGAGGUCACUGCCUAGGGUUGAUCCAGCGUGCAUCCUCCGCUGACGGGCCCCACUACGGUGUUCUAAGCCUGCAUCACCCUCAGGAGGAGGAGGAUGAUGUCUACAUUGAGAUGGUGGGCCAGCCUGGCAACGUGAGCCCUGAGUUGGGUGAGGCUGUCUAUGAGGAGAUGAAAUACUUCCUGCCUGAGGAUGGCUCCCUGGCAAUGGAGACUACGAUGGCAAAGACUGAGGGCCUGUCGCCAGUAGAGUACUGUCCCCCUCCGGUCACUGGAGGACGGCCACAAGGCCAAGACAGUGCCUGUGACAUUCCCCCACCCUUUCCAAACUUGCUGCCUCACCGUCCCCCCUUACUGGUGUUUCCUCCAUCACCAGUCACCUGUUCUCCAGCAUCAGAUGAAUCUCCCCUAACCCCUAUAGAAGUAAAGAAACUGCCAGUCCUGGACACCAGCCUUGGAUACCCUGGCCAGGGGGACGGGGGUACUCCGCUUUCACCACAGUAUUCCCGGCAGAGGGCUGACUCUUCACCUAGUCUGUCUGUCUUCAUGCCUGACAAAUCCACACCGCCUCUGACGCCCCCCCCACCAACGCCCCCGUUGCUCCUUCCCCCAUACAGACCUCCCUCUCACUUUCCCUUCCCUCCAGAGGUGUGUGGCCUGCCCCUUACCCGAACAGCUUCCAUGGCCACCUCAGACUCCUCCAGAGGCUCUCACAAGGCUGGCAAUGUCUCAGCUGACCCCCCCACAGGUGCUGGAAAGCCUCCCUACUCCCCGGCAAAAAUGGGCCGGCCAGAGCCACGGCGUGCACACUCAUGCUCCUCAUCACCACUGCUGUUCAAUCCUGCAAGCGCACGGCCUCUCGUCAGUCCCCUGGAUGAGCUCACUACUCUCUUUAGCUCCGGCCGCAGUCUGCUUCGCAAGUCCACCACGGGCAGGAAGAUCCGCGAGUCUGGUUUCAACUCCAACGUUAACCAAUCGGAGCGUGAUGAUCCAGGCAUAACGAUGCCACCUCCACAGAUUCAGGACAAGAAUGCAAACAACCAUACAAACCCCCACUCCUCAGUUCCUAUGUCCAUUGAGAAUGGCAAUCGACUCUCUAAUGGAUCACUGGAGGAAGAUUCCCCUAGCAAGCCAAACAGCAGCAUCUCAUCCACCUUGCAAAGACAUCGGGAUAGCCAUCACAGUCAGGUGAUCCAGCAGCUCCGGCUGUCCCAGAACGAGAGUGCUGCCCUGCAGGAGUUGCUGGCAUGGCGCAGAAAGCUCUGCGAGGAGCAGCCCAGCUGGCGACAACUCCUCCACCAUGGGACAGGGACGGUGUCCAACCUGUGUGUGACCUCCCCUUCUCUGGAGCACACGGAUCAGAACCUGACAGUGUCCAGCAAAGGUGGGCCAUUCCCCGGGUUGUGAGACCUGGACCAUUCCCCCCCAUACCUACACAAGAGCAAAGCUUCCUGUAAUGGAGAGCAAGAAACUCUAUUUGUGUUGAAGCCAGUGAAUGGGGAUCCUUUUCUGAAGAGGACAUUUCUGCACCGACUAAAGGACAUUGUUGACAUCCACCAGAACAUCUGACAUAUGAAUCAGGGCCUACGUGACUCCCUAUCCUUCAUUCCAUAUUGUUUAUAUAUACACAUAAUCUAUGUGUGCCAUCUUGCAAAACCUAAUCUCAACUGGUGCUGGUCGCUUUUAUGUGACUUACCGGAGACUUUUGUCUCUGCAGUUUACAUUCAGAUCUUCAUGUCGACCUCAGCAUUCUGGCUUCUGGGUAAAUUUUUCAGGUGAAACAAAUCCUUGCCAAUUUCAGGUGCUUUUUAAAACCCUGAGGUGGAAGUCUGCAUUCAGGGAAAUUUCGCAAAACCCCAGGCACAAAUCUGUGAAACACUAGUGACCACAUGGAGCAUAAAGGAGUAUCAGUCAAAUGUAAAUGAGCAGCUUUAGCAAGUUUGUAAGUAUCUGUAACACCACUAUUAGAAGACAGAAAGAAGGUCCUUUAGAAUUCUGAUAUGCGAUAUCAAACCAGCUGAAAGUGAGGGCAGCCAACUUUCGCUUGCUUCCUCACAAUGGUCAUACUAUUCUCGGAUAUUAAAAAACCCCGUCUUUGUCAGUUAUGGAACAGCACCUGGUAGCACGUUCAAGACUGAGGAAGAUUAUCGACCACUUAACGGCUAGCACACACCAUACGUAUGCAAAAGCACACUCAAGCAUGCGUGAGUUGCGACUCACCAAUGUCCACAUUCACACUGUGCCUCUGUAAGGAGUACAAAAAGCACAAACCUGCCUUUAUGGUCCUUGGAAUCUGCCAGAACAAACUUUUCUUUUUUUGCAACCUUUGGGUAUGUCCGGUAAUUAGAGGAUUGGAUCAAGGGGUUACAUUUUAGAGGUGUUGGUUGUACAUCUCCAGAAUGUAACCCUCAUCUCAACUGGAUGGCCAGGUAGAGUUCUUGAGGCCAGAAGGUACUGUGCAUUCACCUGCACUGAUUGUUAAAGCACAGAUGGACUCCAGAAGCAAGUUAAAGUUGCUGUGUGGAGGACAAUUCCCAUCAGUACAAGGGACAAGCGGUUACCUAACAGUUUUGUUUGUUGAAUCUUUUCAUUGUAUUGAGUUGCACAGAGAGACAGGAGUAUGUCAUCCCUUUUUUGUCUGUGCAGAAUGAGGCACUCAGUUUUGGUAUCUUCUGUGAGAGUCAGCUCUUUGUUCUAUUGCAAUGUGGCAGUCAGAUGUCAGGUUUGUGAACAGCUACAGGCUGCACUGACAUAAAAGUCCAGUGUACCGUUUCCUCACCAAGCAAAACAUUGACAUGUCCAAGCAUUUACAUUUAUGAUCAUGACCAGGUGUUACUCACUCUCCAGGAAUUUUGCAUCACUGUACCUGUGGUUGAAGUCCGACCUUCCAUUGUGGAUGGAAGGUGCUGGAAUUCCCUGCCUCUCUGCAGAGGAGCGCAGGAGGUUAAAGCAUAUUAUCGCCCCCUGCAAUGGUAUCUGAUACAUAGGGGGUCACGAAUUGUGGGCGUUAUAGAAACAGCAGCACAACUAUGUUCAAAUGUCCUCUAGUGAGCCUCAAAUCAAAGAGAAGGUGCAAUAUACCCAUAGCUGCUGACCCAGGAUCAAUUUGACCAUUUAGCUCGUACUAAACAUUAAGACUGCAAAAGGUUAAGUUCAUCCUAAAGUAGUUAUGGGUGGUUUUUAAAAUUUAUUUAUAAUUUUGCUGAAAAGUGCACUCAGUGCAAAUGUAUAAUUGUCUAUGUUCUGCUGUUUUAUAAAUGCAUGACUGUCAAGUUUCUAAAUUCUUACACUGACAUCAUCCUUGUUCGGUUUCCUUUCUUGUAAGUGAGUGAGUGAGUGAGUGAGUGAGUGAGUGAGUGAGUGAAAGAAAGAAAGAAAAUGCUUUCCAGUAUUGUUCAUGUUAUGCUCUGGGUGCUACAGGGUUCCUGAUUGAAUGCUGUCAUUUUUGUGACAGAAACCCUCUCUCCUCAAGACUGUGCUCUCCCACGCUGGAGGAAAUAGAAUGGCAUCACAAAGACUCUUUCAGGCCAAAUUAUUAUUUUUUACUCCCCCCUGCCUUCUCCACUCAAGAGAGCAGAAAGACAUUAUCCUCACUGUGCCCAGGUCAUACCAUACCCAUUGCUUUAAUGACUUCAAAAUGUGUUUGGCUGCUGAUAUUUUUUGUUUCUUUUGUAAAUCAAAAUUUUCUUUCAGUUGCAUACAACUGUGUUUGUGGGGAAAGAAUGAAAUGUCUUGUUAUAUACCUUGUUUUCUGUGUUUUAUUGAUCCUUGUACGGCAAUAAAGCAAAAGCUGUGUGAUGCUUCUCUA